AUGCACGAAGACAGCCCGAAGAUCUAUAAGUCUCACCUUCGCUACGAGGACGUGCCUGUAAAUAGUGCCUAUCAGCUCCUGUUCGAACACCCCACCAUCGAUGUGCCUGAUUCACACACGGUGUACAUCGAUGCUCUGACUGGAGUCUCAAGGACUCGUGGCCAGCAUAUUGUCCGAUCUAAGAGGCUUGCUACUGCGCUGGUGACUAGUCCUUCCAAAGGUGGCUUGGGAUUGACUAGAAAUGAGAGGGUUGGCAUCCUUGCUGAGAACUGCAUGGAUUACAGUGUUAUUGUUCACGCGUGUCUCUAUGCUGGCAUCCCCUUUGUCAUGCUGAACAUCAAUGCGACAAUGGAUGAGCUCGUUCACGCGGUCGAUUUGGUCACUCCGUCCCGGGUGUUUAUCACCAAAUCUCUUCUUGGACGCCACAUUAAAUAUUUGAAGUCCACAAUGACAUUUUCUGGAGUUGCAUUCUCCAGUAGUGGGCUCGGAGGGCCCGACCAGAUCGUUGAGUUGAAGGAUGGACGAGAUUUGGAUGCUUUGCUUGUCGAUACAAUCUCCAUGCAGACUCUACUAAUGUGCAAUGUAAAGAGGAACGAUAUAGCGUAUAUGAUUUUUUCGAGUGGCACCACCGGGAUGCCAAAGGCGGUAAUGAUUAGUCAUGGGAAUGUGAUGUCUUCCAUGCUGCAGGGUAGGGCCGCAAUGCAAGUCGUGUUGAAAGCCCUGGGGAUAUCGUCCCCGCAAGGGGUUCCAUGCCUGGCCACUCUACCAAUGUAUCACACAUACGGAUUUUUCAGCACCUGCUUGAGUAACCACGCUACAGUCAACACCUACGUCAUCCUCCCUCGCUGGGAGGUCGGGGAGGCUCUGCGAGCCAUAGAAAAGUAUAAGAUUCAGACAGCCCUACUGGUUCCGACAAUGAUACGGCAGUUGGUAAAUGCACUGCUGUUGAAAGAGAACGACUCAAGCUCCCUCCGGGGUGCUUUAGGAACCCUCACAAGUGUGGUUUCAGCUUCUGCGGCUUUGUCGCCCGAGCUAGUGAAAGAGUUUUACAAGAUCCUAGAGAGGCCGUCAAAUGAGCAUAUCGCCACGAACGUCUCUGUAGGUUCGGUAAGUACAGUUUCAAUUGCUUCGCCAGCAUUCAGAGCCCCAAAGUUGGCACCGCCUGGGUUCUUGACCACAAGUGCAUUGACUCUUGUUGCGAACACAGAGGCUGUCCUCCGUCAUGAUAGUGAUGGUCCCGGGCGAUCGAGUGAACAGUUACCACGAGGAUUCUCUGUUGGGGAGUUAUGUAUCCGGGGGCCGAACAUCGCUCUUGGGUACUGGAACAACAAGCUCGCUACGCAGGAGACGUUUCGAGUGACAGUGCCUGGUGUCGAAGGGAAUGACUGGCUCCGAACCGGUGAUCUGUUCAUUGCGGACCAAGAUGGUAGUUUGUGGUUCGUUGAAAGGAUCAAGGACGUCAUGAAGAUAUCAGGAUCACAAGUUUCUCCCCAAGAAAUUGAGGAAACUAUACUAAAGCAUUGCCGGGAGAUUGUAAAUGAUGUUUGUGUCAUUGGGGUCAACCCAGCCUCUAGGUCAGCUGCGGCUGAGGAAUUGGUUCCGCGUGCCUGGGUCGUACCUUCUCUCAAAGGGAGGGCCAUUGGCAAGGAGAAGUGUGCACAGGUUAUCGAUUCUGUGGUUCGUGAACGCCUAAGCAAGAUUAAAUGGAUAGUGGGCGGGAUAGAGUUCAUCAGUGAGGUGCCUAAGAAUAGUGUCGGAAAGACGAUGCGGCGUCCUCUGCGAACCCAGUUCGAGGCCCAAUAUCCUCCUAAGGCAGCUCGCCUCUGA